UAAGAAGUGUAUCAAGCCAACGAAUCAAAUUGAAUCAACGAAUAGUUUGCUUUUAGAGAGGUGAAGGCCUGAGCAAAGUAGCCAAGGCGAAGGACGUAGUUAAAAUGGCGCCUGCGGAGGACGAGUCGAAUGAAGAAAACAUUCUCUACAAUCUCACUGUACAUGCCGAAUGGAAAGUGGAUGCAGAACCAUUUUAUCGUCCACAGAAAGACAGCAAAGAGCUUUCGAUAUGGAACAAACUCACCUCUGCAUCACAGAGAAGUAUAUGGAAUAUUUUGAAAAAUAUUGGAAUACCUUUUAAAUCUGGCUUGCCAUGUUCCCUUCCUGCUGGAUUAGUCCAAAUUGUCAAUAGUCAGUUGGCUUGGAAUAUUGCUGUUGGAAAAUUUGGUCAGUUAGUUGCCAUAUUACAAGACCAGUUUGUAGAAAUAAGAUCUUCUCAUGAUGAUUACAACAAUAUAAUUGGAAGAUCUUGUGUCAUGCCUGACACUUGUCCUCAGUGGCGCCAGAUUGCUUGGAGUAGUGAUGGUGCAUUGCUUGCCAUUUCUCACAGUAAAGGCAUUAUUGAAAUAUUCGAUAUGUGUGGAAAUCCUUUGUUUAGUAUCCCGUCUGCUACUGAAACAUCUUCCAGUAAUGUUGGAGUUCCUACAGAUUUGACACAUAGUAUUGCAGGACUUGUGUUUUUAGAGAACACCAAAGUGAAAGAUGGAUCUGCACAUCUACUAGUUGUAAACUACUUGGGAAAGUUAAGUAAAUAUCUUGUUGACCGUAACAGCACUUACCGAUUACUACACACUUUUAUGCUGACCAGUGAACAUCCUCAGGGUGUUACAGGGUUGGUUUAUCUUCCACAACACAGUGCACUUAUUGUUGGCAGUCAUGCUCCUGUGGCUGCUGGCUUAGAUGACAGCAUGUCUCAAGCAGAACAAUAUGGUCUUAGUUUAUGGCGUAUUCUCUCAGAUUCUCCACAUUACAAACUAGUCACUGACUAUGAGCAAGACUUACAUAAGAGUAAACCAAAAAGUUUCCUCAAGAAAUUAUUUCUGUUACCAAAAUUAUCAUGGAAAAAUAGCAAGGAUAGUAUUUUCAAGAUGUGCCUGUCUCCUGAUACCAAACAACUGGUGACUUUACAUUAUUCUGGAGAACUCGUUCUUUGGGAUGUUCCAUCCUUGCGCAAAAGAAAAUCUUGGUUACAUGAAGAUCAGCCCGGUUAUGAUGAUAUCAGUCAGGAAUUUUUGGAGAAUCCUUACAAAAAGAAAUUUUUGAAAGAUCUUGUGCCAUCAAAGAAUUUAAUAGAUAUCAACUGGUGGUCAGAAAACGCUUUAAUUCUUGCAAGAUGUCCUGGAGCUGUGAGCCUUGUUUCCACAAAUACCCUGAAAAACUUACUUGGUGCUCAUCCUGAAUGGUUUGAACCUUCUCCCCGAGUAACAAGCACAUAUGAGGGAAGAUUUCUAGGUCUAGAGUGUUCUUGUCGUUUUGUGUCUAAGCGUCAUGCAUUGGCACAAAACAGUAGCGGUUCAUCGUCUGAUGAUGAAUUGUUUGAAGACAGUGAUGAUGAUGAAGAUAUUUCUUGGAUGAGAAAAACCUCUCAGUACACCAAACAAGUUCUAUAUUAUGUUACAGACAAUGAACGAUUUCAACCACCACGAAAGAAACCAAAACUCGUCAACCGGACUUACCAACUUGUAUGUUUGCGCUCCACAACUCCCGAAGAAUUGUACGCACAGAAAAUUGAUAAUGAAGAAUAUGGAGAAGCUCUUGCACUUGCAAAAGCUUAUGGUUUGGAUUGUGAUUUAGUGUACCAACGCCAGUGGCAGAAGUCCCCUGUAUCUAUAGCUUCAAUUGAAGAUUACUUGCGUAAAAUAAGCAAACGUUCCUGGGUCCUUCAUGAAUGCCUUGAACGAGUACCGGAUACCAUAAAUGCUCUCCGAGAACUAAUGGAAUAUGGACUGAAAGGAACUGAUUUACAAGCCAUGAUUGCAAUUGCCAAAAGAGAAGAUGGAGGAAGACUAGUGAUGUGUGAUGAUGAGGAUUUAAUAUAUGACAGUGAUGAAGAUGAAGAAGACUAUGAUCCUUUCAAUGCACUUUGCAUUCAAAGAAGACAAGAUAAAAUAUUUCAAAGAAGAGAAGAAUUGCUCAAUCAGAUAGAUUUUCGUUCACUGUUAUUAGAACAGAAAGAACUUUGCAGAGCUCGGCUGAAAUUAUUGCAGUAUCUGUACCGAUUGAGGACAUAUGAGCUUAUUUUAGGUGGCAUCCAUGUUGCACAAGAACGUUUUGAUAAAGUGUUUUUUGAAACUUUUCGUUCAGGAAACAUAGUAGAGGAGGCUAUUAAAUUUGCUCAGGACAGUGAAGUUGUAGCUGUCGAAGCAUUAUUUACCUAUCAUGGAUCUGCAGUUUUACCUCACAGGUUGGCAAUUUUGUCCAAUUUCCCAGAAAGUACCUCCCCUCGAGAGUAUAGUAAUUUACUACCUGAAGUUGGUCCAAGUGGUAUGAUGUACCCUUGGGAAGAGGAUCGAUGGAGAGAUGAUGACUGGUGUGAAGCUGAUGAUUGCAGGUGUGCUGUUGAUAUUCAAUAUUUUGAUCUUGGACUUAAUUUGUAUGAAGAAUAUCCACAUUUGUCGAAGUAUAAAGGCUUAUCUCACCGUGAAUCAGUGCUGACACAGUGGUAUGUGGAGAGGGCUUGUGAGAUUGAAUUAGAAUCUCGGAUGGUUGAUAACUCUGUGGAACUCAUUAAAAUUGGAAUUGAGCGAGGUGUUGCAGGUUUGGAAGAUCUGCUCAAUGAUUUACUCACUAUGGACUGCCUAGUUUACGACUGCCAUAUUGGUUGCGAAUUAUCGUUCCAAGAAUUACAAAACAUGUCAAAUAUUCAAAAAGCACAUCUCCUCAUGAGCAAGUCUUCUGUUGAGAAAUACAUAAAAAACAUCUACAGCUGGUUGAUUCCUUUUCUGAAGAGAUGUGAAAAAAAUGACCCUCAUGCCUAUAUGAACUUAUUGAAACAAUAUUUAAUGGACAUUGCAAAAGAGGAUAUAACCUUGCCUCUCAAGGUAUUCGAAGCAUCAAAAUCGAAUUUGUCUUCUCAAAUUAUUAGCAACCCUGCAGAUAAGAUACAAAUGGCUGUGGAUGUACUUUACAUUUGUGAACGUGAUGACCAACUCAACAAAGCAGAAAGUAUUAUCAAAUGUCUUCCAAAUAAAAUUCAGGGACCAGGAUCUUACAUACAAGAUCUCCAUAAACAGAAAGAACGUUUGGAAAACCACAUAUGGGCUGCCAAGAUUUUUGAAGAGAAUGGCUUAAAACAAACCAUUUAUUCCAUUAAGUUGUCACAGGAAUCAGAAACAGCAGCCAGAAAUAUGCUAGUAAAGCUCACACGAGCAGCUGGAAGAAGGACUCCAAGUUUAAAUGAAAAGGGCUGGAUUUCUUUACAUGCCAACGUCAUGCACUUACAAGAGAAGCUUUUCAACCAGAUCAGCGUUGCUGAAACAUUGGAGAUCUUUGUUGCAAGUCUAUUAUGCUCCAGCAAUUUGGACACCAUCAGUUUGGCUAAAAACUACAUUGCAAGAAAACAUGGUGAUUCCAGAUCAUCACAACAGAGUGAUGGCUUUAUAAAGGUACCAUUUAAGAGAACUGUAAAGUUAGUCCUGUCAGCAUCUCAGGAAUACUUCAAUUCGGCUUUAGACUUAUCGCAUUUUUCAAUGGAAAUGGCUCAAUCCUGUCUCAAUUUGGUAGAAGAAACUUCUAUAGCUAUUCAAGAAGAACUGGAUUUAAUUGAAGCAUUAUCAAUUCUAGGGGAGUUUGAAAUCACUGUCUUACCUCUGCAAAUUCGACUUGAAAAGAAUAGACUAAAGUAUGUUGAAGCAGCUCUCAAUAGUCGUUCCAAUUCUUACCAACUUUCAGACAAACUUCUUCAGCUAGCAAGACUAUUGAGGGUAUCAGCAGAUGAUGCAGAAAUUGAAGGCCAAGUGUACAAAUUAAUUGCAGAAAAGGCACUGGAUGCUAAAGAUUAUAUGAAGGCUUAUUAUGCAUGCUCUCAGUUGAUGGAAAAAUCUUAUCCACCGGCAUGGAGUGUCUGCGUAGAUUUAUCCCAGAAUGGUAACUGUGUUUUAGGAACACGAAUUGAACUUCUGGAAUUUGCUUUGACUUACUGUGAUCCUGACCAAAUACAAUCUAUUCUUGAUGCCAAAGCUCUCAUAGACAUUCAGAUGCUCUAUGACCAAGUCUGUGCUGAAUUUGGCACCAUGUCCUCUUCUGACGAAAAACCUUCAAGUAUGAUAGACAGUACAAUAAGUGACAGUGGGGUGUCAGAAUUUUUCACUCCUGAACAAAGCCCUCAAACUUCAAUGCAUGUCCUCAAUCAGACAAAAGAUAUUUUACUUAGUACAGGUGAAUUAACAAAAGGCAUGUUGUCUUCAGUUACUGAUGUCAAGUGGUGGCAUCACACCAUUCAUAACCUUGUAAAAAUGGUUCCGGUCCAACGCUUUAAUUCUAAUAAGGAACAAUUUGCUGAUGAACAGAUUUGGAACUUUGAAAAUCAAGCAUGCCAUCCUUUUUAUGGAGAAAUCAUCGAAAAUUGUGUGGUUGACAAGAAAAUUGCAAAUUUUGAGACAUUUGAACACCAAGUUCCUGCACUAGUAGAAACUAGCGACAUAGUUCUCCGCACGGCUAAAUUAAAGGAGACACUCACUGAGGGUAAAGAAUACAUGCCUGCUACAGAAGUGCUUUUGAAACUUGCUGGUGCUACUAUUACUACUGACUUCUCAUUGGGUCUUGCUUAUCUUCUUGCCUUACCUAAUAUAGAAGAUGCUGAUCAGUGUUUCUCUCAACUCCCCAACACUACACUUUCCAUCCAACUAGCCAAGUACUACUACUCCAUCCAACUAUAUAACUACAUGUCACCCCAGAUCGUCGGUCAAAUGGCUGACGUAUUCAAACAUCCUCCCAGAGUUGUUGUUCAGACUGUGGAAGAGUUCCUGUCACACAAUCCUACUUUACCUGCCGACAUUCAAAAAUGUGUAGAGCGACUCAACUACUAUAAAAACUUAAUAAAAGACCAUGCUCAAGCCAGGUUUCUUCGUGGUUUAGGAAGAGGUGUUGACAUCCAAAGAUUCACAGAGGACAAUGCAUACAAACAUGAAACUAUUCUGGGAUUAGCUAUGACAACUGAAGCUGAUGUCUUCACUAUUGCAAUAUCUCUAGCAGAACGCUACAAUCUAUCACAGUGGGAAGUUUACAUGACACACUUGGAGUUCCUCUUUUGUGAGAGUGGACUUAAUACAAAUACCUUAAUGAAACGGGUUGAAAGUGCCUCUUUGAUGCCUACCUUGCUUGAAAAUUACGAGCAGUUUAUUCAGCGUAUGCAGGACUAUGUCUAUCCUUUCAUUGACGGCCAAGACCAUUCACGGCUUACCUAUUACUAUUCAUUACUUAGUAAAAAUGAAACUGAACACUGGUGGGGUGAAGAUCUUAAACCAUCCAUUCAUGUAAAUCUGCUUAAGAAAUUGCGUCCUGUUGCUGCAGGUUUAGAUUAUAAACUUCUUAUGACCAGUGAAGAUCCUCUUGUGACUGUAAUCCAACCAAUCCUCAGCAAAGACAAUGUGAACACAAUUGCAAAACUAUCUUCCAGAAUACCAUGCAAGGCUGGUGGCUUUAUCCGUCCUGGCAUGGUGUACUCAAUAUGGGCAGCUAAAUCAUUCUGGAGAUCUAAGGAAAAUCGUUCUAAGUUAUCAGGGGAUGCUUAUUGGCUUCAGCAAUAUGAUGAUUGUUUAGAGUUCACACAGAAGAUGAUACCUGCUGAAUUCUUAACGUUUGUGGAAUCCAUUACAUUUGUGUUGACUUCAAGAGAAAAGUUGACAUUAAACUGCAGAGAAAAUAUUUUAAAGAAGGCUUUAAAGUAUUGUCAUCAAGAUGAAGGAAAGAAGAAAAAAAAGCAAGAUGAUAGCAAGUGUGAUGUGACAUGGAUUAUGGCUGCAGAUACAAUUGAAGGUUAUCUCGAGCAUCUACGAUCUCAAAACAACCCUAUAAUCGACACCUUGAAAUCCUCUGAUGAUACAUCUAUGAAUCAAUAUGCUAAGCAGUUUGAUCUCUCCAUGGGCAAUAUUGAGCAGAUAAAGAAACUACACAUCCAAAUAUUAGUAGAUGGUCAUCCACUAGAAUUAAUUGAUGAAAUUCUGUCUGUUAAAAGCAUCAAAGACUGGAAUACAGCUGCUGUUGUCCAAAAUGCUUUGGUAUAUACUACUGAAUACAUCUGUGAUAAAACAUCCCAUAGUGAUAUCUUUGACAAGUUGGAUGGUAUAUCUGUGAUUGAAGGUAUCAUACAAAAUGUACUAAACCAUCAAGAAAUGGGUGGCCAGUUGGUAACUGCUGAUGAAGUACUGAUGCAGGUGUUACCAUUUUGCUCUGAUACUUCUAUUGCUGUCCAACCUCGACUCGGUUUACUUGCAACUUUAGAAAAGAACUUCAGACUUAAACCUGAAGACGUGAAAUUGUUGCUGUUUUACCGAACUAGUGCCAUCAUUGAGGAAUCUUGGCCAGAAUAUAAGAUUACUGAUGAUGAAAUUCAGUCAGAUGAAUCACGUCACCAGUUAUUUACCAAUUUACUUAGUUCCAGCACAAACAGUAGCCAGUUUACAGCUGUUUGUCAGUUGCUGAAAAUGUGGCCUGCAUUUAAGUGCAGCAAUCAGAAUAAUGCUUCAGACAACCCCUGGAUUCAGUUGGUAACAAGCAUGAGUACUGUUCCUGAAUGUGUUCCAAUGAUUGGAACCAUUUUAAAAGACAUUCCUGAAGAAGCAGCUCUGAGUGAAGAGUGUGUUAAAUAUAUAGUGGACCAACUGUUAUCAAAGAAUUAUGUUGUAGCUGCUGUAAAAACUGCUUUGCUGUCACCAUAUAGUCACUUACAUAAAUCUACAAUUGAACAUUUGCAGGCACAAAAAGAGAUGGAAGAUGACGAUGAAUUGUAUAAUCUGAUAUUGCUGAAUCAUCUGAUGUCCAGCACUGUUAAUAGUUGUUAUUAUCAGCCUUUAGUGAACUUUCUCUUGAAUGAGCAAGUGCUUUACCAAGACUCCUUACUUCCAAGCCAUCUUGAUAUUGAUCUUAUAUGCCAAGAACUUAUUGACAAAGGUUUUAAAGCAGAAGCAGGUUUGGUUUUGCUCAAGUCUCAUGGGACCCAUCCGAUGUUUCAAACUUUUGAGGCAGCUCUUGGUGUUUGCAAACACUGGCUGAAGAUGUGAUCUGAUUAGUUUAUUUAUUGAUACUUUACAAUCCUCAGAUGAUAAAAGAAAGAUAAACAAACAGAAACCCAACUAAUUAACAUAUCGAAUGAUGCAGCGUUAAUAAAAUGCUGCUGUAAUGUCUGUAUUUGAACAGAGCAGUUUGUCAGCAAAAGUGGUCAAAAUGAUUAUUAUUAUUAUAAAUUAAAACUAAUUGCAAUUGUAUAUACUGAAAAGUUUGGAAAUACUGGAAAGGAUCGUUUCUUCUAGUAGAAGCUAAAGAUAAUGUUGUUUGUAGUUUGAUGGGUUUAUUUCUGCUGAUCAUGAUGGAUAUAUCUACAACUGCUAUUAAAAAUCGAAGUCUUGGAUAUCUAUUGUUUGGGUGGUCUUGCUGUUGGCAAAGAAAAUGAAAUCUUUGAUUGCUAAUGGAAGGUGAUGACAGAUUUUCUUAUAUUUGGAAGCUGGAAAACGUGUCUAUGAAUUGUCUAGAUAGUUUUGUUCUUGCCAAUCAUGACAAAGCCCUUAAUUACUGUUUGAAGGUGAGCAUUUUUGGUUGACCAUAUUGUUAAUAGUCAAUUUAACCUAAUUAACUAAUAGCCUUAGUAAGAAUAUGACUUUCUACAAUUUUGUAAAUCAUAUUUUUUUCAUUUUACACUGAUUAUAUAAACCUGUGAUACCUCAUAUUCUGCUAAAAGAAUGCAGCAUUGUCACUGAUAAACACCAGAGUUUAUCAUAUUAGUCUUCUCCAUUGAUUAAGUAGUAGAUCAUAAUUAGUGUUCAAUGCAGUGUUUGUACAAACAAAAGUGUGUGUAUGCACUCACAUUUUUACAUACCUGUAAAAUGAUACUCGUUCUUAUUACACCAGUGUAAUAAUUCUGUUUAUCAAAUUAACCUGAAUCAGACAUAGCUUUCAUAUCUAAAACAGUUUUUAAUUAGUUCCCUUCUUUUAAUGUUUACUCUUUCUAACUCAGUUGAUUUCUUUGCACCUGCACCACUAAUACUUCUUAGGCCAACACUGCCUCUCUACUCAUCCUUUUAUGUGAAACGAUGAUAGUAGGAAUCUGGCUGUUAAACCUGUGUGAACCUAACAAAUAUGGUUGGGUUGGCAGUGAGCUAUGUCUUUUUUUAAAAUAUAUGUUCCCAUGGAAUCAUUUCACUACAAAAAUUAAAUUAUUCUCUUGUAUUCAUAAGACAACACCACAAAUUAUUUCAUUGUAAAAAAUGUCUAGUCAAUUAUUAAAGAUGAUUGUAACAGCUUUUGAU